AGUUAGCGAUAACCAGUACUGAUAAGCUUCCUAAUACAUUAUUCCUGCGCCAGGACAAAAAAUGCAGCAGACACCUCCCUCGAAGGCAAUGAAAUGCUAAGGCCUCCUCCAUGUCAUCGCUUCCUCAGUCCUUCAAUCCCAAUUUCUUUUUAUCGAUGGCGCUCGCCAGCGAAAAUAUUCCCAAUAUUCCCCCUCAAAAUCCUGUCUGCGGUUAAUUCAAAAUUUCAGUCAUAUGCUGAUAACGAAGUAUGGAUAUCAUGGAAAAUAACUGCGUUUUAUUUACAGUAGCAAUUUGUCAUUCGGAUGGACUAUGAAAAAACUCAUGUUCAUAACAGUAGAAGAUGCUAUACACUGAGAAGUAAUUCACUGCAUUGAAAUUAAACAGGGAUGGGAAUCAUCCAAGGACAUUGGUGGUCCUAAACAAUGAACACCAGGCUUGGUGUUUUGAAACCAUGGAUUCAGAAAAGAAAAAUCAAUCUUCUCUCUUUUCUAUUCAUCAUUAACAGAGGUGGCAUUGAACAAGUCCAUGGCAAUGCCACUAGACUCGUAACUGAGGAUGUCACAACAUUCUGUAAGCAGGAUCGAUUCAAACAAGCCCUUCCAACUCUGCAUUUUAACCAUUUGGACUUUUCCUUGUAUAACUCUCUCUUGCAAAGUUGCCUUAAGUUUAAAGAUCUUCCACAAGGUAAACGGGUUCAUGCUCACAUCAUUCUAACUGGAUUUACCCCUGAAAUUAAUGUGGGUACCAAGCUCAUCACGUUGUAUGCUAAGUGUGGCAGUUUGGAAGAUGGCCGAAGAAUAUUGAAGGAAAUGACUGAAUAUGAUGUGGUGUCCUGGACUGGAUUGAUCGCAGCUUACUCUAAGCGGGGACAAAGUAAAGAGGCCUUGAGCGUGUUUUAUGAAAUGCAGGAAGCAGGUAUUAAACCUAACGAGUUCACUUUUGCGAGUAUAUUAUCAGCUUAUGCGGAUUUGGAAGCUCUGGAACAGGGUAAAGUAGUUCAUAAAGAUAUAAUUAAAGGCGGGUUUGAUUCGGAUGUUUAUGUGAGUAAUGGUCUUGUUAAUUUGUACGGUAAGUGUGGGAUUAUUGGCGAUGCACGCAAAGUAUUUGACAAAAUAUCUAAACGAGAAACAGCUUCAUGGAAUGCCAUGAUUUCUGGGUAUGUUCAAAAUGGGUGUGUAAAUGAAGCACUAGAACUGUUUGAGAAAACCCCUGAAAGGAAUAUACGUACAUGGACUGCAAUGAUGACAGGAUAUGUACAGAAUGGCUAUGUGGAAGAGGCGCUGAAGCUCUUUGAGGAAAUGCCAGAACGAAAUGUUGUGUCAUUCACUGCAAUGAUUGCUGGACUUGUUCGCAACAAGUGGUUUGAUGAGGCCCUGAAGCUGUUUGGAGAGAUGCAAAAGGCAGGCGUACAGCCAAGCUCCGAAACCUUUUCUGCCAUUCUUCCAGCAUAUGGCAGGUUGGGAGAUCUUUGCAAGAGCCGGGAGGUUCAUGAAGAAAUAAAGAGACACAGAUUUGAAUCCGAUGUUUUUGUGGGAAGUGCCCUUGUGGAUAUGUAUUUUAAAUGUGGGAGUGUGGAGAAUGCACACCGUGUUUUUGAUCAAAUGGCGGUGCAGGACGUUGUCGCAUGGACUGUACUAGUUGUAGGAUAUGCAAGUAACGGAUACAUAAAUGAUGCUGUGAAACUGUUUGAGAAAAUGCCUGUUCGGAAUCUGGUUUCGUGGAAUGCAAUGAUUGCAGGGUAUGCACAGAAUGGGUGUUUUGAGAAUGCCCUUGAGCUCUUUCAAAAUAUGCAACUGGGAGGUAUGAAGCCAAACAUGGACACUCUUGCCAGUGUCCUCCAAGCAUGUGCGAGCUUGGGAGAUCUCUGUAGGGGUAUGGAAGUUCACACAGACAUGAUUAGAAGUAGACAUCUUGCUGAUGUCUUUGUAGCUAGUGCACUUGUAGACAUGUAUGCCAAGUGUGGAAGCAUUGAGGUUGCCCGGAAAGUGUUUGACAAAAUGCCCACCCAGGAUGUAGUUUCAUGGACUGCAAUGAUUGUAGGAUAUGCUAUGCAUGGGUAUGGCAAAGAAGCUCUUCAACUCUUUGAUGAAAUGCAAAAGUCUGCCAUAAGGCCGGAUGGUGUCACUUUUGUUGGCGUUCUUGCUGCAUGCUGCCAUACAGGCCUAGUGGAUGAUGGGUGGCAAUACUUUCAUUCAAUGAAUGAAAAAUUCCACAUUGUUCCUUCAAUGGACCAUUAUUGCUGCAUGGUUGAUCUCCUUGGCCGUGCAGGGCAACUGGAUCAAGCACGGGAAUUUAUCAACAAAAUGCCAAUAAAACCUGAUGCUUCUAUCUGGGGUUCUUUGCUGGGUGCCUGCAGAAAUCAUAACAACAUAGAACUGGGCCAACUUGUUGCAGAGAACCUUGUUCAAUUGGACCAAACAAAUGCUGCACAUUAUGUGCUUUUGUCAAAUAUCUAUGCAGUUGCUGGCAGGUGGAAUGACGUGGACAAGGUUAGAAGAAUGAUGAAAGAAAGAAAAGUUAAAAAAGUACCAGGUUCCAGCUGGAUUGAGUUAAAUGGCAAGGUACAUAUUUUUGUUGUAGGAGAUAGAUCACAUCCACAAACACACAAAAUUUAUGCAGAGCUAGAGAACUUGUCUGGACGGCUAAAGGAAGCAGGUUAUGUGCCUGACAAAAAUUUUGUGCUCCAUGAUGUAGAAGAAGAACAGAAGGAUCAUAUACUUGAUUACCAUAGUGAGAAGCUGGCCAUUGUGUUUGGGCUUCUUAACACAUCCUUUGGAACACCUAUACGGAUUGUGAAAAACCUUCGAGUGUGUGGUGAUUGCCAUUCUGCCACCAAAUUUAUAUCCAAGAUUACUUCACGAGAAAUUGUUGUGAGGGACUCAAAUCGAUUCCACCAUUUUAACAAUGGGAUGUGUUCUUGUGGGGAUUAUUGGUAAUGCCAUUUGAAACAGAUAUUAGAUUGUAUAAUUCUAGCCUUGCACUCUUUUUUGCAGUUUUACAUUUGUAGAUAAAAUUGAUUUUCAUAAUACUACCAGACUGUAAUCUAAAAGUA